UAAACAAACACACUACAGGCAAGGCCGCAGGGCCCUAGUCAGUCACCCUUCAGCUGUACGGUGUUGGAAGGCCCAGUCCCGAGCCCCGAACACCCUCCGUCCCCGAGGCGCGGGAACGCGGCAGCCCUUCCCGCGCUGCGCGUGCCCGAGGAAGCAGAGUUAAGGUUAUCCGAGCCCGCCAGGGCGCUAACGCUGCGUUCCCCGCAGCGGGUGGGACCCGGCCCGGGGUUUGCUGGCUCCGCUGCGUCCCCGGGCCGGGCCCUUAGCUCGCCCGUGGAGCCCGCUGCCCAGGAGACCCACCGGCUCUGGCGGCCUCUCGCGCCCCGACUCCCGGCCGGCCCGGCGACGCCCGCCCCGCCCCCCUCCGGCGCGAGCGGGUGACACCAUCACGCGGCGCGGCGGGCAGGUCUCACACACACGCUUCGUUCCCAAGAUGGCGGCGGCGGCAGCCUGGGGUUGCCGGAAAUGCCUUGUCAGUGGCACGAGGCUUAUAUAUGGAAGAUACCCAGCUCCGGUAUUCCCUAGUGGCAUUGUUUAUAGAAUGGGCACCCCUGUUUUAGAGCUACAUCAGUCUAGAUAUUAUUCUUCUGGAGGCAGAAAAGGCUUUAUAUCAGGUUUUGUGGACAACAUCAAACAGGAAUUAUCCAAAAAUAAAGAGAUGAAAGAAAGUAUUAAAAAAUUCCGGGAUGAAGCUAAAAAGCUAGAAGAAUCUGAUGCGCUCCAGGAAGCAAGGAGGAAAUAUAAAACCAUUGAAUCUGAAACGGUUAAGACCUCUGAAGUGAUUAAAAAGAAGCUUGGAGAAAUAACCGGAUCAGUCAAAGAGAGUUUGGAUGAAGUAAGUAAGAGUGAUAUUGGUCGAAAGAUAAAAGAAGGUGUGGAAGAAGCUACCAAAACAGCAAAGCAGUCUGCAGAAUCAGUCACCAAAGGAGGGGAGAAACUGGGCAAGACAGCAGCAUUUAAAGCAAUCUCCCAGGGAGUAGAAACAGUGAAGAAGGAAAUAGACGAAAGCGUUCUGGGGCAGAUGGGUCCUUACAGACGUCCUGAGCGACUUAGGAAAAGAACAGAAUUUGCUGGAGAGAAGGUCAAAGAGAGAAUAUUUGAAGCUAAUGAGGAGGCGAUGGGUGUGGUGCUGCACAAGGAUUCCAAAUGGUAUCAGCAGUGGAAAGAUUUCAAGGACAACAAUGUGGUCUUCAAUAGGUUCUUUGAAAUGAAGAUGAAGUACGAUGAAAGCGAUAAUGCCUUCAUUCGGGCAUCCAGAGCUGUUACAGACAAAGUCACCGAUUUAAUAGGUGGGCUGUUCUCGAAGACAGAAAUGUCAGAGGUUUUGACAGAGAUUCUCAAAGUGGACCCAGCUUUUGACAAGGAUCGGUUUCUAAAGCAAUGUGAGAACGACAUAAUCCCCAAUGUCCUGGAGGCUAUGAUAUCUGGAGACCUGGAUGUCCUCAAAGAUUGGUGCUAUGAAGCAACUUACAGUCAGCUUGCUCAUCCAAUCCAACAAGCCAAAGCAAUGGGUCUCCUGUUCCACUCCAGAAUUCUUGACAUUGACAACAUUGAUCUUGCUAUGGGGAAGAUGAUGGAGCAGGGACCCGUAUUAAUUAUCACUUUCCAGGCUCAACUUGUUAUGAUGAUUAAAAAUCAGAAAGGAGAGGUGGUAGAAGGAGAUCCGGACAAAGUUCUGCGGAUGCUGUAUGUGUGGGCGCUCUGCAGAGACCAGGAUGAACUCAACCCGUAUGCUGCUUGGAGGUUAUUGGACAUUUCUGCUUCAAGCACAGAGCAGAUUCUCUAAGAACGCCAUCCAAGAGCUUCCUACACCUCUCACUUGCACCAGUGCCAUGUCUGAACUUGCAGCAGCCUACAGUGUAAGGAGGGAGCUGUGGGGAACAGUCAGAAGAGGCAGCUACUGGGUGUGCCAUCACUUUCUCAGUCCCUGAUGUGACCUGCCUGGGACCGACAUGGCUACCCUGGGCACGGCGCUAGCUUUACGCUGUAGGAAUGUGCAGUAGAUUUAAGUGUAACUGAUUUAAGACACUAGCAGCUGCUGUUGGUUCCUUUUUAAAUGUUGGCGGGAGGAGGCUGGCCUCUUUCCUCCCCAUGUUCCUUAGUGCUUCCUAACAUGGACCCAGGGGGGUAUUGGGCAGUAGCAAAGUGACAUGUAUCAUUUGCAAUGUCAGCAUCUAUAGUAACCCAAAGGCAGCCUCCCCAGCUCCCUGAAAGGCUCUCAAAGUUCUUUCAGGACAUGCAGGUCUCAGCUGCUCUUUUACUAGGUUGCACCAAUAAGCCUUCUGUUGAUGCAGUGUCAUGCACUUUACCAAACCAAAUGCAACCAUGCCUCCACACAUGCACCUUCCGCAGAGUCCUGCGGGGCCGUAUCGACACAGACCUGGCUGUAGCAGUGAGGAGUGCUCCCAGUUGUGUUACACACAGUUCUCUUCUGAUGCAGGUGGGACCCACUGCUUUGAGAGUCUCUGUGUUUGAAUCUCCCCAGAACCACGGGUGGUCACAUGAGCUGUACUUACCUGGGCAGCGUGGCAGUUGUGACAGAGAAAGGGGCGGAGCUGUAGAAUACUGACCAGGGACAAGAGGGAUGGACGCAAACAUUUGGCAUUAUCUGCUCUAGAUGCAACAGAGCAAAUGAGGUGCAAAACCAACUUGGGCCAUAGCCACUCCCCACACACACACCCAGUUUAUUGCUCAGACUGAGUUCAGAGGGUAUGAUUCACUUACCUACUCUAUAUGAAUUGAAGGGUACAGUCUCCUGCUGCAGGUGGAGGUGCGCACCUGGCCUCUCACUGGGACCUGGGUGAUGGCUGCAGAGCUUGGAGGAGGUUCACUGGCAUAGAAUCCAAACUGGUGCUGGGUAAAUGGAGGUUCAGCUGAGAUGUUUUCAUGUUCAUAAAUUAUUCUGCUGCCUCCUUCAAUAAAGAGUGAAGAUUCUUUUAAGGGUGUGACUUAUUUGGGCAGAGGAUAACUUACCUAAUAGGGGAUUCAAGGGAAUGUUGAGCCCUGGCUUUUUCCAAUUCUCCACAAAGCAAAAGAGCUGGUUUUUUUGCUUUGUAAUUAAAGAAAAUCAUUCUGCCUGUCCCUCCUCCUCCCCCUGUGAGCGUUCAGAGCAGUUCUUUGGAUGAAUCUAAAUGAAAUCAACUGUCUAGCCCAGGCAUCAUUAUCAUUCCUGUAGCAGCUGCUGCAGACAGUCUGAUGUAUGCGGCAAGUUCAGCACCCAUUGGCUUAGGCCCCCACACAUGAUGCACAACUCUGCCAUGCCGGGGUCUCCCGCUCUCAGGACAGGGGAAUUUGUGGGCUUUACUGGCUGUGGAUGUGCUCUCAGUUCAGCCAGUUCUACCUCGGUUCUCUUACGAGUGGAGUCAUUUUAGUUUUUUAAACUUCAUGUCUUGAAUUUAUGUAUCGGUUCCUAAUAUCGGAACAAAAUAAAUUUCACACUGCAGAACCCA